CUUGGCUAAUCUUAAACUGUAUCAACCUGUAUUAUGCAAAGCUUGAUGUCAUUGUGCCUGUAUGAUGCACACACUACGACCGCAUUGGACCCUAGACAAUAUGUCAACCUCGUAUGACGUAGUUAUCCUCUUUAUCUUCAAGACAGCUUGUCUGGUAUUUAACUAGCGAUGACCAUAAUCCUGUUCAGCACAUUGUGAAGUGGUCAGGGUGAGAAGGAGAGUCAGACCAAGUCAGGAAGAAGCCAACAGGAGGUUUCCUCCAAGUCAGUGUUUCUUUGCAGCAUGGGGAAUUCUAAGAGUGGGGCACUGUCCAAGGAACUUCUGGAGGACCUGAAGUCCAAUACUAAGUACAACGAGGCCGAGCUGUGUGUCUGGUACCAGUCCUUCCUCAAGGAAUGCCCCACAGGCAGGAUCACCAAGGAGCAAUUUGAGGGCAUCUAUGCCAGCUUCUUCCCUAAUGCAGACCCUACUGAGUACGCAAGGCAUGUCUUUAGGAGCUUUGAUACCAACGCAGAUGGUCAACUGGACUUUAAGGAGUACAUUGUGGCCCUGCACCUUACCUCCGGAGGCAAGACCCUGCAGAAGCUAGAGUGGGCCUUCGCCCUCUACGACGUGGAUGGAAACGGAACCAUCAGCAAAAAUGAGAUCCAAGAGAUUGUUAAGUCAAUAUUUAACAUGAUCCCUGAGGAAGACCAAAAUGACCUGCCUGAAGAUGAGAACACACCUGAUAAGAGAGCAGACAAAGUCUGGGACUUUUUUGGAAAGAAAGAAGAUGACAAGAUUGCAGAGAGGGAAUUCAUUCAAGGAGUGAUGGACAACAAGGACAUCCUACGGUUGAUUCAGUAUGAUGAGCCCCAGAAAAUCAAGGACAAACUGAAGGAGAAGAAACAAUAGCUUUCCGACAAAAUCAUUCUUUUGAAUUCUAUAAGACUGUUCAAAGCUUUACUGUUUACAAACCCAACUCUCCUGCCAGACCUGGGCUCUUUGUGCGCUAGACAACAUUGGCAUACACAUUGAAGUACCGCACAUUGUGGUGGAUGACCUGUUUGUCUAUGAGCCACCUGGACUUUUCUUCACACUCAAAUAACUGUUCUGCGCUCUAGAAUUAUGGGUGUUCUUUUCUAUUUCCUAAUGAAAUAAUGGUUUCCAAGAUUCUGUUGCCUGCUGCUGUGUUCACCUGCAUUCAUUAGUUUAAUAAAGAGAAAGCCACCAGGAAAGGACCCACUGGGCACACACUGGUUGAAUCAAUGUUGUUUCCAUGAUAUUUCAAUGAAAUUACGUCGAACCAACAUAGAAUUGACAUCUGUGCCCAGUGGGGAGCUCCUUAUGACGGGAAUUAGGCUGAAGUUAACACUCCCUGUCUUACUAUCAAUCCUAUUAGUAUGUGAAGGUCAGUUUAGAAACAUCCUGACAGAGGUUUCUUAUUAAGGUAAUCAUGUCUAUAGAAUGUGUCUGAUAAUGUGCUUAGCAGGACUGAAACCUCAUACAAUGUACAGUAUUCAACUGGUAGAACAAAGGAAAAGGAGUCUUUUUCUUGAAUAUUGUUGACAUUUUGUAGAUGCUGUCAGAGACUGCUGGAAACAAUAUCAUAAAAACCGCUCUGAAAAAUUACAUUAUAAAGGGGUUCUAAAAAACAUUUUUAAAACAUAAAUAUAUAUAUACUGCUUUGAGUGAACAUGCAGAUUGGUCACUUCAGGUAGCUAUGUUUUCAAAGGGAUUUAAGUAGAGAUAAUGAGUAAAUGUGAUAUGUAAUAUUACAUUUUUGUUGAAAGAUUCAAUGCAUUCUAAAAAGAGCAAUAGAGAUGUGCUUUCACAAAUUGUCUGCCUGGUCCUGAGGGAAUGAGACUUCUUUCUUGUUUGCAUUUUUAUUUCCCUUCAAUAAGCGUGUAUUUAAGUAUUGUUGUCCAUUAGUUUACUCCAAUUAGGGGAGGGGUGGUAGGGUUAGGGGAAAAUAAUAAAGAAGAAAAAAUAUAUAUUGGAUAUGAUGCAAACAAUUACAUUGAUAGAAAAGCACAAUCUAUCUGCAAUAUUAAAGAUGAUCUAGACUGAGGAGCAGCCCGCUCCAUACAUUACACACGUCAAAUAAUGAAUUACAGAACAUGUGCUUUAACUCCAAUCAUAUGUCAUCUUGGCACUGAACUUGUCCAAGCUGUAAGGUCAGAAACACAGGGCCUGACUCGUUCUCUCUCUAAAGCCUGAUUUGGCUCCCAGUAAUGCAUGGUCGGGUUCCAUGUCAAUAUUCCCCCACCUGGCCUAUCUCCCUGGAUCUCCCUGGCCAAUCCACAGACAGUCAGAGGGGAGGGGAUUGACUGUAAAAGCCGGAGGCAAAAGGCUGAAUUUCAUCUGCUUAUUGGGAUGAAUCCAAUUCAUUUAAACAUGUCCCAGAACU